AUGAGCAGCCGUCAACAAUUAAUCACAUCUCCAUCGCCAAAUCGACAAAUAGGCAAAGACAGAAAACGUUUCAUAGUUAUCACAUUUUUCGAUGCCUCCGUCAAUAUUCUUUUAUGGCUUCUAUGCACAGUUAGUUGUAUUUUGAAAAAGUUUCUAUUUUCCAAUAAAAAUUUUUGAUUAAUUUUUGCAGGUAACACGAGAAGAUGAUUGGGAUAAAGCGUUUUUCGACGAAAUCAAUAUUCUCAAUCCGAAAUUUUUAAAAAUCUCACUUUUUGAUAUUGUGCUAUUAGCCAUAAUUCGGAUGCUUUUUCUAGUUGCUCUUUAUGGAAUUUGUAAAACAAGUCAAUGGUAUGCAGUUGCAUUCACAACUUUUGUAUCUAGUGGAUAUAUUUUAUUCAAGGUAGGAGAUUUUUUGGGCCAGGUUAGAGGAUAUCUGAAAUUGGGCCACGUUUUUUAAAGUCGAUUUUUUUUCGGUGCCAAAAUCGAGCCUAGUCCGAUUUUUUUUCUCAAAUAAAAUUCAGUUUUUUAAUACUAAAAAAAGAAAAUCCAUAAAAAGCGAGAGACUCUAGAGUGCAUAAAUUUUUGGUCCAUUAACAAAAAAAAGGCGGCUCAUUUAAUUGUCUGCUGGUUUUUUUGUUCAUCAUGGAAAACUGAAAAAAAAAUCAAUUUUUUAAAGGUUCUUUUCUACUUCAAUCAUUCAUCGAGUGCCGUUCCACCAUUAUUAUUAAUAAUCACUUCAUUUACAUUAUGCUGGUCUGAAUUUUAUUUAAUGCCUUUUCAAAUUAUUCCAAGAGAAAGAAGACGUAAGUUAUUUUUAUUCGAAAAAAAUUCUGAAAAUCCAUAUUUUUAGGUGCUCGAGCUGAUGCUUAUGAUAAUGCUGAUUAUUCAUCAGAAGAUGAGAAUCAAUCGAUUGGUCAAAGACAUCGAAGAACUCGUCGACCAAAUUCAAGUUCCGAAACCAAUGGUGUUUCUCGAAAUGCUUCUGCAAUUUUUAUCGCAUCAGAUUAUGACGAAUUCCGAAGUGCCGCUGAAUUUUCAUCGGAUGAAGAAGCUCGUUCACGUCUUUUAGUUCCACCAGAAACUAAAAGACUUUUCGAAAUUUCUCUUCGUGAAUGUACAUUUGAAGUUGAAGAACUGUUUCGUGAUUAUCGAUUAGGUGGAUGGAAAAUAUUGAGACAAUCAGAACCUUGUGUUCUUCAAGGACCUGACAAUUAUUUUUUGGUUCGUGCAGCUUUCGAUAAAUUUCCAGCUUUAGUUUUAUUUAAUAUCGCAUGGAAAGAUAUGUUAAGAUGGAAUACGCAAGUUGUCGAAGGAAAGGUAUACAUUUUUGUUUUUAGAAUCUGAAUUUCACAAUGAUGAUUGAAAUUUUCAGGUGAUUGCACAUCUUGACAAUGCGACAGAUUUAUAUUAUUCUGUUAGUGCUCCAGCAAUGCGAGGUUAUAUUGCUUCGCGUGAUUUUUUGGAUUUGCGUCGAAUUCAACUCGAUUCACAAGCCGAUGUUUAUUCGGGAGUUUUUGUGUCAGUCGAAUCAACGCUUUGCCCAAAAAAUUCUGACCCGAAAAUUGUACGCGGACACAAUUUUCCAUCCAUGAUUAAAACAUAUUCGGAGAAUGGAAUUGCACAAUUCGAAUGGUUGAUGAAAACUGAUUUGAGAGGUUAGUUUUUAGAAUUCUUUUUUUUUUUAAUUUCAGGGUAGAUCAAAAAUGUUUUUCUCUAAUCGUAAAUUUCUCACGUUUCCGUUGAAUUUCGUAGGUUUUAGUUCCGCCGAUUGUCUCAGAGGCUGAAUUAUUUUUCGGUAUUCCACUUUUAUAAAUUGUUUUUUUAAGAGAAAUAUUUUAGAUCUGCCAGAAACAUAAUUUACUCACAUAUUUAUUUUCAUUCAGGCGGUCUUCCACGUCGUUUAGUUUCUUCCGGCAUGAUCAAUUAUUUUAGUGAACAUGUUAAGCGUAUGAAAGAAUUUGCCGAUUCUCAUUAUCAUUGCCCAAUUCCUCCACAAACUACAACUUCGGUUACUGUAGAAUCGAGUGAGAUCUGA